CUAACCCGAGAUCCAUGCGAGUGAGCCAGCCUUGAGUGUGUAUAUAAAACAACUUUAGCAGAACAAGGCUACAACUUCUACAGUUCAGUAAAAUUCUUAGUUUCUCUCAGUUACUGCUCAUAAACGUCUGUCCCCCGGUGGCCCUCCGGCCGACUCCCGACGCCCUCCUCGCCUCGCCUGCGGAAGGAGAGGCCGGCCGACCGCUGGCCCGCUCUCCUCCCUCGCCUGGCGCCAGCGGGAGUCGUGUGGCUUUGGCUCGCUCGCUCGGGCCUCUUCUCACCUCCGUCGGAUGAGAGCUUCUGACUGAAAGGGAAUCGCAAGCAGAAAGACACGAAAGCAGAUAUUUGUGUUGGAGUAAAUGGUGGUUCAGGGAACGCCGGAGUCUCAAGUGGCAUUCCUUGCGAGAGUAUCGAUCUGGACCGUGCUUCACAGGCACGCUCGCGUCCCCGGCGUAAGUGUCGCAGCGAAGCCGUUGUUCCAGCCAUGAAGGCCGGCCUGCGGCGGUGGGUGGAGAGCAACAGCGUCCCCGUGAGGAGCGAGGGCGGCUUCACGGUCCGCGAAAUGAGGACGACGACCGUGCUGAACGACCCGACGAACAAGGUGCGGGUCCUGGCCGUGGGCCCCGAGAACGGCGGCGAAGUGAAGAAGGUGCUCCUGCUGGGAGAGACCGGGAACGGCAAGACGCACUUCUGCAACGCCUUCGUCAACAGGGUGUUUGGCGUCGGCCUAGGAGACGACGUGCGCCUCCAGCUGCGGGACCAGAUGGACGAGGCCGGCAAGAGCUCGACGCAGAGCCAGACGGAGUACACGACGGCGUACGUGAUCUACCGCCAGGACGGGAUGCCCUAUGGCCACAACUACAUGGUGAUCGACACGGCGGGCGUGGGUGACACGGGCGGCCACCUGCAGGAGGAGUGCAACGAGCGACAUUUCCGGCGGUGCUUGGCCGAGCACGCCUGGGUGAGGGAGCUGAGCAGCGUCGGGCUCGUGUGGAAGGCCAGUGACCACAGGUACGACGAGAGGAAGAGGGCCGUUCUGGGCAAAGUAAAGGGCCUUUUAGGCCAUGACGCGAAGCCAAUAACUGACAUUCUGGUCACGUUCUCCACCGAUGGGUCUCGCGACGCCUUCGACAUCAUGAGAGAAGCAGGCGUUGGCUACCACGGAGAAUUCCUGUUCGACAAUGCGCCUCUGUACAAGAGUUGGCCCCAGAACGAGAUGCGGAGGAAGAUGCUGGAGAUCGAGUGGGAAGUGAUGGAGGAGAGCCUCCACGCUUUCGUCGAAGCUGUAAGUCGGAGGAAGGCUGUGGAGCUGAAUGUAACAGUGAGGCUGAUACGCUCGCAGUUCGAACUUGAGGACACCAGGGCGGAGCUGCAGGCCCUUUGCCAGCAGGAGGACGAAUUUCGGCAGACCAUUGAGGAGCACGAGCGGAAGCUGCGCAGACUUGAAGGCAAAGAAUCGGAGGUGGACUGGGACGAGGUGCAGGCGUUGGACAGCAGCAGGGAAGAACUGGUCUUGCAGAACGGAAAGCACUGCCACUACUGCCCCGAAUGCAACAAGGUGUGCGUGCCUUUGUGCUCUUCGGAUCCUGAAGGAGAGCGAAUCUCUAAUACUUUUGAAGUCGCACUAACAGUGUGGACAUUGGGUCUUUCGCGUCUCUUCAGUCAACCCCUUACUUGCUCAGAAUGUAAUCAUCUUAAUAUUAACCACGAUUUCAAAAACAGAAUUCUCGUCAAAGAUGCCACCCGGAAACAGAAAGUAGAGCUGGCCAAGAAAGCUCAGUAUAAGAGAGUUAUGCAACAGAAAGCCGACAUUCGAGCCGAUAUUGAGGCAUACAAAGCAAAAUUAGAAGAGGUCAAGACACGACACGCAAGAUCUAUGGAGAAGUACAACGUGAUUGAACACCGGAUCAGUCAUCUGAAAUAUGGAAACUAAAAGUUAAAAACAAACUAGGAAGAUAAUUAGUGCAUACUAAUUAUUAUAUUUAGUAGCUGUUAAGAACCUCAUGAUACUUUAUAUAAGAAUUUCCAAUUCUUGGACUUUGCUGCAAAAGCCAAGUAAUGGGUGAUAACCUCACAUAACAUAUUCUUUCCUUCAAGCACAUAAUUCGUAAGUGACAAAUAUCCCGUCUUAUUGCAACUAACUACUGAAAAAAUAAUUUAAAAAGUAGCUUGUGUUACUAAAUACCGAUACUAUUAGGUUAUUGUUCUUUAAUGUUAUUAGAAGAGUAGCAAAAAUGUUUUGUUCAGAAUUAGGGUUAAUAUUGUUUUCCUUCAAAGGUUAUAUGCGUGAUGCCCAUGAUAAUGCAAUGAACCAACUAUUUUCCUCAGAUGUGUAUGACCAAUGAUUUUCAAUUAAAAUAGAUUACACCAAAUUUU